ACGAAACCUUUACCCGUCUCAUCUCACGCCACCCAAAGUUGUCUUUCGACCUUUCUCUCUCAAAACCUUUGCUUUUGCGUUGGCUAUAUAUAUAUAAAACUAACUUCCCCAAAACCCAAUCAUAUAUCAUUUCAUUUCUUUUUUCUCGUCCAUCCGUAACCAUGUCUCAGACUGUUGUCCUCAAAGUUGGUAUGUCAUGUGAAGGAUGUGUUGGAGCAGUGAAGAGAGUUUUAGGAAAAUUGGAUGGUGUGGAAUCAUAUGACAUUGAUUUGAAGGAACAGAAGGUGGUAGUGAAGGGAAAUGUCCAGCCAGACACAGUUCUUGCGACCGUUUCCAAAACUGGGAAGAAGACUACCUUCUGGGAAGGUGAAACAGCAGCAUCCGAAACUAGCACAGCAACUGCCUAGAACAUUUCGCUCUAUUCUGUGCAGAAGAAGUAGCUGCGUAAAUCAAAUACUAUUUUAUGGACUUGAAAUAACGAUGGGACUUGUUAUCUGGUGUAUUUUAGUGUGUCACAACAAAGAUUGCUGUAUAUGACUGCUUUCAACAUCUGUGCUACUGUAUUAAUGUGCUUUUAUUGAGAGUUUAACUUCCUUUGACUUU